CAGCCCCCCCCCCCGGGAACGCUUUGAAAUCCCAGCCGGCGGGCCCCCCGCCCCGAGGGGCGGGCAGGAGGCAGCCCCGGGGGUAUAAAGGCGGCGGAGGAGCGCAGGAGCCGCUGCUGGCUCGGCGCUGCCGCUCGGGGACACCGCGGGCGCGGGAGGCACAAGGAUGCGGGGGCUGGUGGCGCUGCUGGCGGCGCUGAGCUGCGCGGCCCCGGCGGGGCGGGCGGCGGCUCCCGGGGGUGCCCUCAGCUCCAACGCCAUCAAGGGACCCCCCCCGGGCGGGGCGGCAGAGGCCAGCGCCGCCCCCGCACCCCCCUUCGACGGCAGCAACAAGGCACCGCCGGCCGCCACCCGGCAGCCUUUCCCGUGCGCCGAGGACGAGGACUGCGGCCCCGAGGAGUUCUGUGGGGGCGCGGCCCGCGGCGGGGGUGCCCCGCUAUGUCUGGGCUGCCGUCGGCGCCGCAAGCGCUGCCUGCGCGAUGCCAUGUGCUGCCCGGGCAUGGCCUGCAGCAACGGUCUCUGCACGCCGCUGGAGCCGCCGCACGGAGCGGCCGAGCUAGAGGAGACGGGCACUGAGGCACUGUCCCGACGGACGCCCGCUCCCGCCUGGCUCCCCACUGCCAAAGGAGAGGAGGGCGACUUCUGCCUGCGCUCGUCGGACUGCGCGGCCGGGCUGUGCUGCGCCCGCCACUUCUGGUCCAAGAUCUGCAAGCCGGUGCUGCGGGAGGGGCAGGUGUGCACCCGGCACCGGCGGAAAGGCUCGCACGGCCUGGAGAUCUUCCAGCGCUGCCAGUGCGCCGAGGGGCUGGCGUGCCGCCUGCAGCGAGAGCACGGCCCCGCCGACGCGUCCCGCCUGCACACGUGCCAGCGGCACUGAGCGACGGACGGACGGACGGACGGGCGCGACAGACUCCGGCCCCGCCGGAGCGAAGGUUGUUUCUCAAGGGAACUACUCCUAAAGCGACUUCUUGCAGUACGUUACUGUGUUGUGAAUACUCGAGCUGGCACUUAGCUGUACAUAACGCCGGGACUUUCAGUGACUUUUUAAUGAAAUGUUUUGUGUUUCUCCGAGGGCCCGGCGCCCUUCAAGCCGUGGCUGUGACUUUGUACACACUGGGUUUUUCGUUCCGGCUCGAAGGGAUGCCGCCGUCUUGUGAAUAAAACUCUUUAAUUUCACCCUGCGCUGCCUCCACCCGUGCGGGAGGGAGGAUGUGCCCGGGGGACAGAGGCAGGGGCGGGGGUUCAUCCCCGCAUCCCGCGGGAAACGCGGCUGGGUUGGCGCUGCUCAUCCAGCUGCUUUUUAGGAAUUCCGCGCUCGCCACCGACGCCCUCUGGCUACCAAACCGAGGAGAGGGAGCGCGGCUGGGGCUCUGGGAAAGGCACCUGGCGGCAGAAUCCCCCUCCCUGGUUUUGGGAGGGAGGAGGGAGCCAGGGACCACCGGAGGGGCUGUGCUGGACCAACCAGGGGCGCUGCCGCUCUCCACCGCUCGCUCCUCUCUCCACGCACAAUAAAGAUUCGUUUUCCCCUUCCCUCUGCAGCUC